GUGUAUAAAUCUCUCUCUCAGGAGGAGUGUCAAUCGGUGCGGUGUCAAUCAGAGCCUCGGCUUCCCUUUCAUCUCUCCUUCCUCCCAGUGACUGAGGAGAGAGCAAAAGCAGGAGGAGGAGGGAGAGAGAGGCUACAUUACCAACACACACAUACACACACUGGUUACAUUACACUGUGGAAGCAGUGCGGGAGCAGCGGAGAAGUCGGUCCACAGCGUUUUUCCACUAUAUCUUCCUUUUUUUUGAUUGUUUUAUGACUUUUGCUUUUAUUCCUCCCCGCCCGAGCCGGCUCGAGGAUGUAUUUUUAAGCAUCACGUCGACUCGCCGCGUCGCUUGUUGUCUCGUCUCGAGUGUUAAACUGUGUUUAUUUUUUAUCAUUUUCCAGCUACACGUCCAUCAGUUACCUUUUCACCUCCAGACGGUGUUUUGAUUUUUGUUAACCUACUUUUUUUUUUUGAAGGACGCCUUCACUGGACCACCGAGGAAAUAUUUUCUCUCGCUUUUAUAAAUGCACUUUCCCCACGUCGAGUCAUUAUCAUUAUUUUUAUUUUUUUAUUCUCGAGGACCACAAACGACGUCGGCUGUGACUGAUACGCACAAACUAGUGAUGAGGUUUUAACUCGUGGUUCGUCAGCCUUUUCUUUUUUUCUUUUUUAUUUUCUCCUCAUGACAUUGAGGCGUGCUCCGGACUUUAACUCCGACCCUGCGCGUCGCAGUUUUUCGGGGUUCCGAGUUUGAAGGUGUUUUGCGUUUUAAGUGGCGAGUAGAAGGGGACGCAGACAAGCGGCCGCCCGCCACCUCCUCCUCCUCCUCCUCCUCCUGUUGCUUCAGUAAAAACACACCGGCAGCGUGUUCGCACGCCGCUUCCUCUCCCGAGUGACUCACGGUCGACGCUCCGGUGCAACAGGGAGAGACGCUUCUUCCACACGGUUUCGGGGGAUUUCGGUGGGAGUUUCCCCCCCCCUUCUUUUCUCUAGUUCCCGGACGGUGGUGGCGCCCGUGCCGUCUGUAGUUUUCCUCGGCGAGACGAACGAGCGGGCAAACAAAAACAAACAUUAACAAAAUGCCACAGUUAUCGGGCGGCGGCGGGGACCCGGAGCUUUGCGCCACGGACGAGAUGAUCCCGUUCAAAGACGAAGGGGACCCGCAGAAGGAGCAGAUCUUCGCCGAGCUGAGCCACUCGGAGGAGGAGGGAGACCUGGCCGACAUCAAGUCGUCUCUGGUCAACGAGUCGGAGAGCAGCCCCAACAGCAACAGCCACGAUGCAGCUAGACAGUCCCAAAUACCGCAAGAUUCAUAUCAUGAAAAACACAGAGACCAUUCGGAAGACGGAAAGCAUCAGGACAUGUACAGUAAAGGCCACCCGUACCCGAGCUACCCGGGCUACAUCAUGAUGAGCAACAUGAACGACUCCUACAUGAACAACGGCUCCCUCUCGCCGCCCAUGCCCAGAACGUCCAACAAAGUACCGGUGGUGCAGCCGUCCCACGCGGUCCACCCGCUCACCCCGCUGAUCACGUACAGCGACGAACACUUCGCUCCGGGGUCCCAUUCCGGCCAUCACCCUCAGGAUGCCAACAACAAACAAGGAAUGCCGAGGCAUCACCCCGGACCAGACAUGCCCAACUUCUACUCCCUGUCUCCUGGAGGAGUGGGCCAGAUCACGCCGCCGCUGGGAUGGUUUUCACACCACAUGGUUCCCGGUCCCCCCGGUCCCCACGCCACAGGGAUCCCCCACCCGGCCAUCGUCAACCCACAGGUCAAACACGAGCCGCCGCAUGAAACCGACAUCAUGCACAUGAAACCUCAGCACGAACAGAGAAAGGAGCAGGAGCCCAAAAGACCGCACAUCAAGAAGCCGCUAAACGCCUUCAUGCUCUACAUGAAAGAGAUGCGUGCGAACGUGGUCGCCGAGUGCACGCUGAAGGAGAGCGCCGCCAUCAAUCAGAUCCUGGGACGGAGGUGGCAUGCUUUAUCUCGGGAAGAGCAAGCUAAGUAUUAUGAGUUAGCCCGCAAGGAACGGCAGCUCCACAUGCAGCUCUACCCAGGCUGGUCCGCCCGAGACAACUAUGGAAAGAAGAAGAAGCGGAAGAGGGAGAAGAUGCAGGAAACGGCCCCAGAUGCAAUUUUCUGCAGGUACAGGCCAGAGAAUGAAAACGGCGUACAUCUGAGAAUAUGGAGGAAAACGCAACAGUUUCUCCACAUGCAAAGCUAAGGCAGCAGCUACGGGCCCUCUGCUUGAGAUGGAGGCCUGUUAGAUUCCAUGAAGACCCUUAAAUCUCCAAACUGAAGCCUCCAGUUCUCAGAGGACCCUACUCCUCCUCUCCGCCCCCCGUCCUACCCCUAACCCCACCCCCACACCCACUUUCCCCUUCAACACAUGUCACCACCGUCACCGACAACACUUCACUGUUUGACUUCACCCUUCCCUUCCCGAAGGCGCCUGCUGUAGAGACACUGAAGACAAUCAAGAUUAGUAGGAGCACCCUCACGCAAUCAAAUCACUUCCUCUCACCGAAAGCCCUGAAAACAGCAAUUUGACGUCCGUGUUUUGUCCUCCUUUUUUUUUUCUCCCCCCUCUUUUUUAAUAAUCAGCUUUACUGCAAUCUGAGGCACUGCACUGAAAAACAGCAGCAAUUGUGAUGUGCGCACAAACUCCCCCCCCCCUGCACCGCCCACACACUCCCCAACACCUGUUACUAAGUUAUUCUAAGUUAUUUGUCACCUCUGUUCCUUUGUAAAGCUCAUUAGGCCGACAUUAACUCCCUCGACACCUUCCCCCCCUUUUUAUCUCCGUCUUUCUCUCUCUCUCUCUCUCUCUCUCACUGGAUUUUUGAGACCAUUUGGGGUUUCACCCGACCGACCAAACACCUCUUUAUAAGACUGCACUAAGGAAGAUGGAGGGAUCUCAUCUCGUCUAAGAAACGUCCUCAAGACGCCAUUUUAGUUCGACGCUGACCAGUUGGUGCAAAAAAAGGAUCAACACUUUUGAUUUGCUUUUUAUUUUCGACUGAAUUUUUAUUUUGAAUGCUUUUUUUUUUUUUUUUUUUUGUAUCUUGAACCCUCGUUUCGAUUUCUCGGUGUAUAUUUUAGUGAUGUUUUUUUUAAAUAUUGUUUUUUUUAUAUAGUGGUAUAUAUGAAAAUAAGCUUUGGACACAGGAAAGCCAUUUUUCUUGUUGAAGCGUCUUGCAGAAAAUUGAAACUUAAGGCUUCUUUUGAUAACUAUUUGUAACAAAUAGUGACCUCGAGUCUUGCUCAGAUGUAAAAUAAUGCUCAGUAUGUGUACUUUUUAAAACUGUCAGGAUAUGUCAAUUUUCUUGGUAUUUUUGCAGGCAACAUUAGGACAAAGGCGAGAGUGACAGCUCAGAGGCCUAUAUUUUAUUGUUCUAAAACAUGACAAAUGAAGCAGAUAUAUAUAUUUACCCCAGCACUUGACAGUCUUUCUUUUAUUGCAAUGGACCUUUGUCUUUUCUCUCUGGUAGCUAAUAGUGUGGUCUUUAGCCAUGUUGUUUAUUCCAUGCAAACAUCCCUGUAACAUUUUGAUUUUAAUUCUCUAUUUUAGUAUUACUUGAUGACUUCCUUUUUUGUUUUUUUGUUUUUUUAUUCUCAUGUUUUGGGUCACUGUCAUCUUGGUGUGGCACUUUGCUUCCCAAGUGGUCAUAUUUGAACGGUUUCGACAUGUUUUUGUUUUUUUAAAGAAAAAUAAAAAGCCACCGUUGGCUCAUUUGAUCACUCGUGUGGUGGGAAGACCAGAGCUCGAUGUGCCACAUGUAACA